AAAAAAAAAGAAAACAAAAAGGAAGGGGAAAAAACCUCGCUUCGCUCGCAUCGGCUUGGGAAAUGCCAGAAUUAGCAGCUGCAGGGUGUGGUCUGUAUGGGGUCGUGUGUGGCAGCCAGACUGUGCUGGGGGACGCUACAUGUGCCACGGGUGCUAGGGCUGGGGCCGGGGUCGUACAUGGCGGGCAACGGGCCAGGCAAGAACAAGGCGUGUGGUGCCGCUAAUCCCAGCACGAGAAAACACACAGACUGCCUGCAACAGACAAACAAACAAACAAGCAGGAAAAAAAAACAAAGAAACACCCUCAGCAGCUCCCGCCGCAUGCAUUGAGGCCGGGUGCCGCUGUGGGGAGAGCAGCGUCUGCAUUU